GGUCCGAUGGUUAAGGUCCAUACACGUUAGCAUUUGCAUUCUACUAGGUCAAGGUGAGCUGAUCAGUGGUUUUGUGACUAGCAGAGCUAGAAGGAACUAUGGCUAAUACAGCAGAAACAUUGGAGGCUGAGAUAAGGAUCAAGUUUGAUCCUGAUGAGUACUUCCACACCUUUGCUGGCAAAGCACACCAGCUUCCAAGUCUUUGCUCUGAUAAAAUGCAUGGCAUUGAUGUUCAUGAAGGUGAUUGGAAGACUACAGGCUCUGUCAAGCUAUUGACUUAUGCUAUAGAUGGGAAAGUUGAAACUGUAAAAGAGAGGAUUGGAGUGGAUGAGGAGAACCGGACAAUCACUUACGAAGUUCUUGAAGGGCACAUUUUGGAACAAUACAAGACCUAUAAGGCUAAGUUCCAGGUUAUCUCAAAAGGUGACUCAAACUUUGCCAAAUGGGGUAUUGAAUAUGAGAACUUCAGUGAGAAUGAGCGUCCUCCAUUUCAUUACCUCCAAUGGCUAGUUCAUGCUGCAAAAGAUGUGGAUGCUUCACUUCUCAAAGCGCACGAAAAUAAAUAAUACAUCUAUAUGUACCAUAUAAUUCUUCUAUGGGUGAUAUAUUUAUCUUCAUUGCCAUCUUGGUCCGGGGUACCCGGAGUAAAAAAAAAACAAAGAAUGAAAGAGAAUCUUUAAUGUACUCCAUUGUCUGGGCUUAGUGAAGCCUCCAAAAAUUUGCUCUCCUGUUAGUGCUUGAUUGUAAUUUGUGUAAGUGUUAGCGAUUCUACUCCUGCUAGUGAUUGGUUGUAAUUUGUAUAAGUGUUAGCAAUUCUAGUCCUGUUAGUGCUUGGUUGUAAUUUGUGUAAGUGUUAGCAAUUCUACUCCUGCUAGUGAUUGGUUGUAAUUUGUAUAAGUGUUAGCAAUUCUACUCCUGUUAGUGCUUGGUUGUAAUUUGUAUGUGUUAACGAUUCUACGUGUAAUGACGAAAAAUAAAAUGAAUGUUUCGUGUGGCUUUAUAUCUA